AUGUCCACGGAACAGUCCCCAGCCACCUCUUCCGCCGCCGCCGCCAGCACCGGCGACAAGCCCGUCUUCACCGAGCGCGAGGUCAAGCACAUCGUCGCCGCCAUGAUCUCGCUCAAGUCUCCGCCAGACGUCAACUACGAUCGAUUCAUGAAGAACUCUGACUUCCAGACCAAGAAGACCGCCCAGAACACCUGGGCCACGCUCAAGAAGAAGAUCGCCGCCCUGAACCCAGAGGCUGUCGAGAGCACUGAAGCGGCCAAGAGUGAGUUAACCCGAAUCCGCGACAUUUCCUACGAGCGUUCUGACACUCGCGACAGCUACUGCUACUCCACAGAAGAGCAAGGCCACCCCGAAGAAGCGCGCCAAGAAGGAGACUGACGACGACGACGAGGAGAACACCGCCGUCGCCGAGGGCGCCGCCGAGGAGGCCUCUGCCAUCAAGAAGCCAAAGGCUACUCCCCGCAAGAAGAAGGUCGCCGCUACCGAGGACGAGAACGGCGAGGACGUGAGUGUCGAGCUCUGAUCACACGCGUCAAUGCGAGUACUGACAUCUCCCAGGGCGGCUCCCCAAAGAAGAAGGCGCGCAAGACUCCCACCAAGAAGGCUGUGAAGAGCGAGGAGAAGGUCGAAGAGAGCGAGGCUUCCAUGGAGGCCGAGGUCGAGACCACCGUCGAGGCUGCCGAUGGCGAGGUCGAGAAGACUGAGGACGUCGAGAUGGAGGGCACUGCCGACGCCGAGUAG